UAGUAUCGCCCCCGGAUGUUGUUGUAAUUCGAUAAUGAAAAAUUCUUGAUUUUCACAUAUUUUGAUUUAUUACAAAUGAUUAAUAAACAUUUGAAGGUGGAGAACAGCAUAAGAUCGAUGAAGUUUAUACAGCGAUUCCAUUGGGAUAUACCAUAUGCGAUACAACCAUCAAUCUGAAAUCAUUUAAUUCUGCCCUUAUAAAAGUGAGUUUCAUAACAUUGAUGAUUGCAAUAUGAUGGAAGAAGUGAAUAUGAGUAAUAUUGGCACUGAUGAGAGCUGUGACAAUUUGGAUUAUGACAGUUUUGAUGAUCAGAAGUUUGAACCUCCAGCGGAACGUUGGGCUCCUCUUGGUGCUAGUGCAAGCCCAGGACCAAGUGGAAAUGAAGAAUACAACAGUGAUCCCACUCAUACAGAUCAACUACAAAAACUUGAAGAGGAACAAGAGCAGCUAAACUCCUCCCUACUAGCCCUAACUACCCACUUUGCACAGGUCCAGUUCCGCCUGAAGCAGAUCAUCACAGCUCCCUCAGACGAUAAAGAGAGUCUCCUUAAGGAAUUGGAAGAGUUUGCAUUUAAAGGCAUUCCAGAUGUACGGGGGUCACAUAUCCAAGAUGCCCUCAACUUAGAAGAAUUAAGUGACAAAGAGCACGAAAAAAAGAUAACGGAACAACGCAAGAAACAACAAGAACUAAUUGCCCAACUCAAAUCACAGCUUCAAGAUCUUGAGAGCUUUGCAUAUGAGACAGGAGAUGGAGAGCUUCCAACAAGUGUACAGAUGGAGAAGCAUCAGGCAAUGAUUGAACAAUUCAAAAAUAAGUUAGAUCUCAAUAUAGAGGAUUUUGACCAGAAAAGUACAGAGGAGCUGAAACAAGCAGUGGACCAAGCCAUCAAACAAAUUGUGAACCCAGCUAAAGUAAAGGAAAAGGUCGUUGAGCAAUUGAAGACUCAGAUUGUUGACUUGGAGAGAUAUCUCUUUCUUACAAGGAGAUGCUGGUGA